AUGUCUUUCAAACAUUUCUACGCGGAGGAGCACCCAGAAGCAAUGUUCACGCGAUGUCCUGCAUGUGCAACUUGUCUUAUCAUUGAUAAUCCCAAAAGGUUCUCCAACUGCGCUUGUCCAAGAUGUAGAUGCUAUUUCUGCCACUAUUGUCACUCAGAACCGCACUGGCCGAUGGGUUGUGACGAGUUCAAAAAGUGGAGGGAAAUAUGGGAUGAGCAAUAUGUGGUAGAAAAGCUUUGCCCUGCAGAUGACGAGAAAGUCUUGCGCAUCAAAUGUAUUUGCGGUCAAGUAUUUCAUGCCUGCGAAAGUUUGGCUCAUGGAACUUAUUGCCCUAAUCAUUGUGGUCAUCGCUUUGACAAAGUUGGGUUGAUGCGAAAUCAACGUGAUCUCUUUCGCUGCCUUACUCCUAGAGAACGGCAAUUAAUAAUUUUGAGAGAUGGGGAAAUUGUGAAAAAGGGUAUACCCAUUUCCACGACUUUUGUCGAACUAAAGGGAAGAAUUAGGAAAAAAUACGCUUUCGCUCUUUUUCUCGUUGAAAACGGUACAGCAUGGCUUUAUCUCCACAAAAAUCAUAAUGCACUAAGGCAUCUUCUGUCAGAUGUACUGAAACUGCUCAAUCUCGUUAAAAGUAUUGAGAGGAAUAUGAAACUCAGGGACUGCUCCUCCCUCUUGGAACUCAAAAAGGAGGUAUUCGACUUAAUCCGCGCUUUUCAAAGAGCAAAGUCAUUGUAA